AUGGCUGAGGUGCACAAACAAAUGAAGCGGCCGACGGUCCAGCGAAGCAUGUUCGCGAUGGCCAGGACAACUCCUACCGACCUCAUGCGCUCCAGACUUUCAACGCACGAAAUCCAGCAUCGCGCUUUGACAUACCUUCCCGAUGAACUGCUCGCCAAUAUUCCCGAGCAUGACAAUCCAUACUCGCUGUUUCAGGGUUUCCAGGCCAGCUUCCCCGAGCUGACUGACGAGGGCAAAAAGUUCCAGCGACGAGUCACCCGCGGUCGCAAGAUGCUGGAAGACUCAGAUGGGACGCCAGGAAGCCCCAAAAAAUUGACUCAAUUAAAAAAAGAGAAGGCCGCCAUGAUGCAUGAGUUUGGGCUGCUAGGCACUCGUAAGAGCAUGGCGAGCUACGAGAUUCGGGAAAUCGAUAACAAAAUAGCUAAUCUCCACGGCAUGCGAAGAAUUAUUCUGGACAGGCUCGCUGGGUUGGAGCAAGAUGAAGCUAUGCUGGAGCACGACAUUUCCGAGAUGGAAAUCCGAGUGGAUGAGGCGCAGGCGCUGGUUGAUGAGGCUGAGGAAAUCGCACGAAACACACGAACCCAGGACGAACAAGAUCUGGUAGGCGAUGCCGAUGAUCACGAUCAAGAGUUCAUGUCCCAGUCAGUUUAUGAUAAGAUCCCCUCCUCAGAAGCAGGCAGCACCCCCCGGAAAACGAAAAAGGUACAUCGUAAGAAGUCAAUGCCCAUUCUGCACGAGCAUUUCGAGCCUGGCACAGCCAUUCGCGAGCUCCGAGCACACAAGGACACGAUUACAGCUAUUGACUUUGACGCCCCCUUCGGGACUAUGGUUACUGCUGCGCUGGACGAUACAGUCCGCGUUUGGGAUCUCAACGCUGGUAGAUGCAUGGGUUAUUUGGAAGGGCACACUGCUUCGGUACGCGCCUUACAGGUUGAGGAUAACAUUCUCGCAACGGGCUCUAUGGAUGCGACCAUUCGACUCUGGGAUCUCAGUAAGGCGCACUACGACCCUCAUGGCGGCUUGGGAAAAGACGACGAUGAGGAUGCUAUCGCUUUUGGAACGGAUAACCAUCUCGAACCCCCACCUGGUAGCAUGGCUGAUUGCCCUCUGUACACAUUGGAAUCACAUGUCGACGAGAUCACAGCCCUUCACUUCAGGGGCGAUGUUAUGGUUUCCGGUUCUGCAGACAAGACGAUUCGCCAUUGGGACCUUGAAAAGGGACGUUGCGUGCAAACAUUAGACGUUAUGUGGGCGGCGGCAGCAAGUAUGACGACUACAGACAGCGGGUGGCGACCUACGGGGCGGUCUCAGAGCAGUUCGGCCGACUUCGUGGGUGCAUUGCAGGUCUUUGAGACGGCACUCGCUUGUGGUACCGCAGACGGCAUGGUACGACUUUGGGAUCUUCGAAGCGGUCAGGUCCAUCGCAGUCUAGUUGGUCACACAGGUGCAGUUACAUGUCUCCAAUUCGACGAUGUGCAUCUGGUGACGGGAAGUGUAGAUCGAAGCAUCAGGAUUUGGGACCUUAGAACAGGGUCUAUUUACGACGCCUAUGCUUACGACAAUCCAAUCACAGACACGAUGUUUGAUGCCCGAAGAAUCGUCAGUGCUGCUGGUGAGGACGUUGUCAAGGUGUACGAUAAGGUAGAGGGACGACAAUGGGAAUGCGGCGCCGGCAUCACGGCCGCUGAAGAGGGUAAGACUCCCGCCAUCGUGGAGCGUGUACGUGUAAGAGAUGGAUAUCUUGUUGAAGGCAGACGAGAUGGCGUCGUGGGAGUAUGGACGAGCUAA